AUUUGCUUCACCAAAACGGCAGUCAUUGUACCCUGCCUUCCCUUCUGCUAGCUUUACUCCCCUUUUCGGUCUUUAAAACAGACAGCAGCUGAGCUCUUUCACUGGUCCACUCCUUUCCGAAGAGCUUCACCGGUGAAGUAGGAGAGCGUGAGGGCCACCAUUUCCAGCCCUUCGUUGUGAAUUCCGAGAAGGUGGUUUACUGGUUUAGGCCAAUCUUCAAGAUAUGGAGAGAAAGCAAGGAUUUUUCUCCGCCCUGAAAGGGGAGCUCGUCCGAGGACUCUCUCCGGCGAGGUCUCGGAGCAGGAACCCGACUCCCUCGGGUUCGGGUCUUCUUCGAAGCAGACGAGCGAGUCAGGCUCCUCCGCCAGAUGCCUACAUUUCGAGAUCCGGCAGCCUGAGGCCCGGCGGCAACGAGACGCUGUCGCCGUUGAUGGAGGGUCCGGAUCCGAACGGGUCGGAGGGGACUGACUCCAAGAAUGAGAAGUGGGGUCACUGGAUGAAGGGUCAGCUGUCCCGGGCUCCAUCCGUUUCCGUUUCGGGGUCGGGUUUCCAGCAAAGGUCCGAUCUGCGGCUCCUGCUCGGCGUCUUGGGGGCACCCCUCGCCCCUCUGCACGUCAACAACAACGAUUCUUUGCCUCACCUCAGUGUUAAAGACACUCCCCUUGAAACUUCAUCAGCUCAAUACAUAUUGCAGCAAUACACAGCGGCAUCCGGAGGGAUGAAGCUACAAAAUGUGAUUCAUAAUGCAUAUGCAAUGGGGAAGGUUAAGAUGAUGGCAUCUGAUAUAGAGACAGCUACCAAAGUAAUAAAGAGCAAAAACUCUUCAAAAACAGCGGAGAGUGGCGGGUUUGUACUGUGGCAAAUGAACCCUGACAUGUGGUACGUGGAGCUUGCAUUGGGAACCAGCAAGGUUCACGCUGGCUGUAAUGGGAAUCUUGUUUGGCGGCACACACCUUGGCUUGGUGCUCACGCUGCUAAAGGUCCCAUCAGACCUUUGCGUCGUGCUCUUCAGGGACUUGACCCAAGAACCACAGCCAACAUGUUUAUCAAUGCAAAGUGCACGGGAGAGAAGAAGAUCAAUGGAGAGGAUUGUUUUGUCCUCAAACUCUGUGCCGAUCCACACACUUUGAAGGCGAGGAGUGAAGGGCCGGCUGAAAUCAUUAGGCAUGUCCUGUUUGGUUAUUUCAGCCAGAAAACCGGUCUUCUAGUCCACUUGGAAGACUCCCACCUGACCCGAAUCCAAACAAAUGGAGGGGACGCUGUUUACUGGGAGACAACUAUCAACUCGUUCCUAGAUGAUUACAGGCCGGUAGAGGGGAUCAUGAUCGCUCACUCGGGACGGUCAGUUGUAACCCUGUUCCGGUUCGGCGAAACUGCCAUGAGUCACACCAAAACCAGAAUGGAAGAAGUGUGGACCAUAGAGGAAGUGGCUUUCAAUGUUCCUGGACUGUCAGAAGAGUGUUUCAUUCCUCCUGCUGAGCUUAAGAUUGGUGGAUCCUCCAUGGGUGAAGCUUGUGAGUAUUCUCAAGGGCAGAGAGUACAACAAACCAACAUGGCGGCUACCGGGUAUAGAGCAAAAGUUGCUGCAGUGGAUGAUGAAUCGCGCAAUGACAAUGAUGCUAGUAAUCUCUUACUGCGCAUGAGGAUUUGAUGUCAAUUAUUGAUGUCUGGUUGGUUUUAUUCUGGAGGUAAUAUACUGAACUAGGAAGGAGUCAGCUGAUUGAACUCGAAAUUAAACUAGUCUUGUUUUUACCUCAUCAAUCUGUAUAUACAUUUAGUCUCUUUAGUCUCAACCGGGCUUUUUAAUGUAUUUUGAUAUUUUGUCUUGACUUUUGAGGUCAAAGCCUAACUCUUAUUGUUAGCUUUAGUUCUGUGUUUCUUAGAUUGCUUUCAAAUAAUUUCAGUCCAGUGUCAAUCUUCUUAUACUUGCUGCACAGUGACUGAAAAGCAAAAUUGCUUGAUUUCUG